GCAGAGCGACUUCCGCUCCAGGUACGCGAGGCCGCGGCCUUCAUUCUUCGUAGAAAGGUCUCUGCCUUUCCCCAGGAAAAGGAGGAGAAAAUGAUCAAGGUUCAGGAGCCGGUGACCUUCGAGGACGUGGCUGUGGCCUUCACGGAGGAGGAGCUGGGGCUGCUGGAUGCCACCCAGAGGCAGCUGUACCGGGACGUGAUGCUGGAGAACUUCCGGAACCUGCUCUCUGUGGGGAAUCAGCCCUUCAAACCAGAGCUCAUAUUCCAGUUGGAGAGAGAAGAAAAGCUUUCGAUGAUGGAGACAGAAACCUGGAGAGAUGGGUGUUCAGGAACCAAGAAUGAACAUCAUAUGGAGAGUAUUCGAGAAGUGGGAUUAAGCUGCCCUUCCCCCAAAGAGCUUUCCUCCUGGCAGAACUGGCAGCAAGGUGCAGGCGGGUUAAUGAGGUGUCAAGAUUCCAUGAACAAUUUUCAAGGGAAUAUUUCUCAGGUGCCAAAACAAGGUGAUUCCGCCUGCCAGGUUUGGGCAGAAAUACCCAUUCAGAUUCCUGAAGAUGAGAACUAUGUAUUGACUCAUGCAGAGGAUGGUUCCACUUACAUAACAAACCAAGACUUUCCAUCUUGGAGAGCCCAGCAUUCUUGGAGGAAAACAUAUCUGACAGAGUCAUGUAAUUAUCAGUGUAGAUGUCAGCAAAUUUCCAGGAAAAAUAAUUUCUGUAAGUGUGACAGCGUCAGUUGGAUGUCACAUCACAAUGAUAAUCUGAGACUACACCGAACAGAGAAAAACUACAGCUGCCACGACUGUGGAGAAGACAUCAUGAAGGUUUCAUUGCGCAAUCAAGACUUUCUUCAAACAGGGCAAAAACCCUAUCCCCCUAAUGAGUACAGAGAAUCCUUCAGUGAUGACGCCAGCUCUGAAAUCCAUCAGCAGUUCCCCUCAGAAGGGAAGCCCCACACAUACAGUCCACGUGGAAAGGGCUGUAGUUAUAGUUCAGUCCUUCGUAUUCAUCAAAGUGUUCCUAGAGGAGAUGGCUGUGUCUCUGAGAGUUCGCAUCUCCAAUCCCAUCGGAGAGUCCAUACAGAGGAGAAGCCAUGUAAAUGUGAAUAUGGUGAGGACUUCAGUCAGUGCUCGCCUCUCGACACUUACGAACUUCACACAGGAGAGACAUCCUACAAACGCACCAUUUAUGAGAAAGCCUUCAGUCAUAGCUUAGACCUUAAUAGUAUUUUUAGGGUCCGUACUGGGGGGGAACCCCACGAAUAUGAGGAGAAUGGGACUGUCUUUAAUGAGAGUUCCUGUCUUCAAGUCCAUCAGAGAAUGCACGCUGAAGAGAAACUAUACACAGGUGUGGAGUGUGAGAAGGGUUUCAUUUGUGCCUCAAAUCUUAACCUUCAGCAUAGAGUUCACAUGGAAGAGAUUCCCUAUAAUUCUGAGGAGUGUGGGAAUGGCUUCAGUCUGGCCUCACGUCUUCAGGACCUUCAGAUAGUCCACACCAGGGAAGAACCAUAUAAAUAUUAUGUUUGUGGUAACAAAUUCAGCCAAAAUGCCUAUCUUCAAGGCCAUCAGAAAAUUCACCUUGCAGAGAAACCUUAUAAGGAGUUUAGGAAUGGCUUCAAUUGGAGUUCAAAACUUAAAGAUCAUCAGAGAGUCCACGGUGGAGAGAAGCCGUACAAAUGCAAUGCCUGUGGUAAAGGCUUCAGUCAUAGAUCAGUUCUUACUGUUCACCAGAGGGUCCACACGGGAGAGAAACCUUAUAAAUGUGAAGAGUGUGAUAAGGGCUUCAGUCGGAGCUCAUACCUUCAAGCCCAUCAGAGGGUCCACACUGGAGAGAAACCCUACAAAUGUGAGGAGUGUGGGAAGGGCUUCAGUCGCAAUUCAUACCUUCAAGGCCACCAGAGAGUCCACACUGGAGAGAAACCCUACAAGUGUGAGGAGUGUGGCAAGGGCUUCAGUCGGAGUUCCCACCUUCAGGGCCACCAGAGAGUCCACACUGGAGAAAAGCCAUUCAAAUGUGAGGAGUGUGGGAAGGGCUUCAGUUGGAGUUUUAAUCUUCAAAUUCAUCAGAGAGUCCACACUGGAGAGAAACCCUAUAAAUGUGGAGAAUGUGGGAAGGGCUUCAGUAAGGCCUCAACGCUUCUGGCCCAUCAGAGAGUCCACACAGGAGAGAAGCCCUACCAGUGUGAUGAGUGCGGGAAGAGCUUCAGCCAGAGAUCGUACCUUCAGAGUCAUCAGAGUGUCCACACUGGAGAGAGACCCUACAUAUGUGAGGUCUGUGGGAAGGGCUUCAGUCAGAGGGCGUACCUUCAGGGUCAUCAGAGGGUCCACACUAGAGUGAAACCAUACAAAUGUGAGAUGUGUGGGAAGGGCUUCAGCCAGAGUUCACGCCUCGAAGCACAUCGGAGGGUCCACACGGGAGGGAAACCCUACAAGUGUGAGGUGUGCACAAAGGGCUUCAGUGAGAGUUCACGCCUUCAAGCUCAUCAGAGGGUCCAUGCAGAGGGGAGGCCCUAUAAAUGUGAACAAUGUGGGAAGGGGUUCAGUGGGUUUUCCAGUCUUCAAGCCCAUCACAGAGUCCACACUGGAGAGAAACCCUACAAGUGUGAGGUGUGUGGAAAGGGCUUCAGCCAGAGAUCAAACCUUCAGGCCCAUCAGAGAGUCCACACAGGAGAGAAACCCUACAAAUGCGAUGCGUGUGGGAAGGGUUUCCGUUGGAGCUCAGGUCUUCUGAUUCAUCAGAGAGUGCACAGUGAUGCUAAGUUCUAUAAAAGCGAAGAGGAUGGCAAGGGCUAUCCAUCUGAGAACCCUUACAGACAUGAAGUUCUGUGAAGUGCUGUUCCGUUUCGCUGUGAAGUCCUCAAAUGGGAGCUGAAAUUUUCCAUUCACUAGAGUUCUUAGAGUAGAAAAAUAAUUUCUUUAAUGAAAAUGCCAUGUUUCUGCCCGUCCUCGAUGUUCACAAUGGUCAGGAGACUACACAGCAGAGACAUCUAACGAGAGGGGUUCUGCCAGAACUCGAACCUCAGUCAUUGCACGUGACUCUAGCUGGUCGCUGCACUAGGGCUCAUAGAAGAUAAGACUAUGGUCAGGACGCGCGAGCCUGCCCACAUCCACGUCCGCUAGAACGUACACUUAACGAGAGCAGGGGCUUCCUUCACUGCUAAGUCUACAGAACCGUGACAUUCCAUACCUCAGGGUAGGUGCUCCGUACUUGUGCUAAAUGAGUAAAAGCCUGUAAAGGUAUCAUGUUUGAAAAUUUUAUUAAGCUCAUUUCCCUCCCGCCCAAAAUAAUUUAAAAAUGUGUUUGGGGUGCGGGGGGGGCGGGGGGUGGGAAUCCUGCAAGUAGCCUUAAUAUAAGUACUUCAAGUAGAUAAAUAGUAUUUGAAAUGUCGAACAUCAAGCACGGUUGCAAUCUGAAAUUACAUGAAUUUGGUUGUGACCCUGUUGGGGUUGGUUCCCAUCCUUUGUCCCUUCUUAAGCAAGGAUGAGCUGAAUGUCUCACCAUUUGGUCUCUUUCUAUACAGUAUACUAUCAGUUUAACUUUAGCUUUGUGUGUGUGUUUGUGUACAUGUAUGUGCACUUUAAAUGACAGUACAAACUGAUAAACAAUGUUUCUGGUUAACUUUACAAAAAUGGAACACUGCAUUUUUCAUAAUUGAAUUUUUAUCCCUGCCCUGUGUGGUAAAGCAGAGUUUUACUGUAAUAUUUGGAAAGAGUCAGAAAUGGUUGCUAAUGAGAAGUACUUUCUUAAUAAAUGUCAAAAUUACAA